UAACUAACCCGGACCUUCGAAGCGAGCGUUAGAAACUUAGAAAGGGAUUAAAAACCCUAGACAACUCCAAAAGAAAAUCCCUAGACCAAAACUUGUGUAUUUUUGUUUUUAAUCGCUUCAACAAUUAGAUAUUGUUUUCUGUUCAUUUCGUUUCGGCGUUUUCUCUGUUUCAGAUAUAUCUAUCUGUGUUUUUGUUGUCGUUUUUUUUUUUCAGGAAAAAGAAACGAAAUGAUUGGAAGCUGAGUUUACAGAGAUUAAACGUGUGUUCGUUUUUUUUUGUGGGUUUGCGUGUUCUUACUCUAAUGUGUGGGUUUUGUGUUGUGAAAUUAGGGUUUCACAUAUCAUCUCCUUUUCUUACGGAAGUUUAGGCUUUUGAGUGUUUCCUCGCCGCGAAUCCGACUAUUCCUGUGACUCUUAGUUGAAAAGAUGUCGUCACAGUAUCCCAUUCUUGGCAAUCGGCCAAUUGAUCAGUGGAAGGUUACAGAGCUAAAAGAGGAACUUAAGAGAAGGAAAUUGACAAUCAAGGGGUUGAAGGAUGAUUUGAUCAGACGAUUGGAUGAAGCUAUCCGCAUUGAAAUGGAAAGUGCUGGAAAUGAUGUGGAUAAUGGUCUUAAUAGUGGACCCGAACCUUUAGUUGGUGCAAAAGAUUCAGAGUCGGUGCCUGCAGAAACAGCUAAAUACCUUGCUGAUCAUGGUGGCAAAAAGAACAAGGAGCCAGAUAAGGUUGUGGUUCAAGUUGACAUUAAUGACAGUGUGGCAGCCUUGGAUCAAGAAAAAGUCGAGGAAGCUGGCUUCAGUGGUACUGAUUCUGGCAGGGUGGAAGAGAAGCUGGUUGUUCAUACAACUGCCAUUGAAACCAGCGCUAAAGUAUCCGAGAUUGUGGUAUCUGAGGUAGCAUUGAGUGGGCAGGAUUUGGAGAAAUUUGAAACUGGAAAGGAGAGUAGAAACUCAAAGACUCAACUGGAUAAUGAGUAUUCAACACCCCAGCUUGGGAAUGAGGGUUCAACGCCCCAGCUUGGGAAUGAGGGUUCAACGCCCCUGCAUGGGAUUGAGAGUUUAAAGACUCCUGAGAGUGUCAAGCUCGACUAUUUUACCCCGGACAACCAGGUAUCUGAGGGUUUAAUGCCCCUGCAUGGGAUUGAGAGUUUAAAGACUCCUGAGAGUGUCAAGCUCGUCUUUUCUACCCCGGACAACCAGGUAUCUGAGGUCAGCCCUACUUUUGGGUCUCAAGUAAAAUCUGAUUCUAUUUCUACUGAUUCUGUGUCAAUUAAUGAAAAGAAUGAACUAAAGGAUAAUGUAAUUACUGAUCAUGUCAAAUUAGAACUAGAUGUUGUUAAGCCUGAGAUGGUGGAACCAUCAUUCAGCAAUGUUGUCCCAGUUGGUGGUGAAUCGCAUCCGAUGGAUGUUGAAGAGCCACUUGAGAACAAGGCAUCUGAUGCAGAGAAAGAUGACAACAAUGCUGCAGAUGCAGACAUAAGCAAGAAAAUUGACGGUACGGAUGUAGGGUACUCAGAAAAAUUGAAUUUAGACCGAAGUUCUGGUGAUGAUUCCAUGGAAGAGGAUGUGCUGGAGGGUAAGCAAAUUGAUUGGAAGUAUAAUUCUGAAGAAGUCGACAAAAGUGGAGUACCUAUUGUGAAGGAGGAAAGUCAUGCUGCUGUUCUUGGGGAUGCUUUAUCUGGUGAGAAAAGGGAUGUCCAAGUUGAGAUUGAGAGUCAUCAAGCUGCAACUGUUGAGAAAAGAAAACUUGAUGAUCAAGCAGUAGCAAAUAAUGAGCCAAUCAAGAGGCAACGUAGGUGGAACUCUGAAGGCCUCAAAGUUCCAGAGCCUCAGAGUACAAAUUCUACGCCUAACACUACUCCUAAGGAUGCUUUCCAGACAACUCCCAAGGACACUUUCCAGACUACUCCCAAGGACAAUUUCCAGUCGACUGGUUUGAAACGUAAUUUCUCUAGAUCAGACUCUACAAAUAGUGAUAAUACACCCAAGGAACGUGUUGUUCCACCAUCACAAAAAGCUCCAUCUAAUUCACUUAGAAUUGAUCGAUUUCUGCGUCCCUUUACCUUGAAAGCAGUGCAAGAACUUCUGGGCAAAACUGGGACUGUUACUAGUUUCUGGAUGGACCACAUCAAGACCCAUUGUUAUGUUACUUACUCAUCAGUAGAAGAAGCCAUAGAGACAAGGAAUGCUGUGUAUAACCUGCAAUGGCCGCCAAAUGGUGGGCGUCUCUUAGUGGCCGAGUUUGUCGAUACUCAGGAAGUGAAAAUGCGGUCGGAGGCUCCUCAAGCUCCAGCUGUUCCUGCAAGUUCUGGUCCUUCUGUUCCUCUAGCCCCUCCCACCUCUCAGCAGCAGCCGCAGCCGCAGCCGUCGCCCCGUCAGCAUAAUAGGCAGCAGCUUCCACCCCCACCUCCUCUCCCACCACCACCACCUUUGUCGAACUCACCGCAGUCACGAGAGCGGGUUCAUCUUCCACCCCCACCUCCGCUUCCAGAGAAAAUUGAUCCUCCUAUUGUCACUCUGGAUGAUCUCUUUCGGAAAACCAAAUCAACGCCUCGGAUCUACUAUUUACCAUUGUCAGAAGAACAAGUUGCAGGAAAACUUGCAUCCCAGGGCAAAAACACCAAGCAGUAGGGGAUCAGGCUAUCUAACUUAUUGCUAGCUGCUCAAUGGAUUUUCUUAUGGGUUGGUCGGUGUGUUAGAUAAUGAUGGUAAGAAAGUAUCAUGUGAUUGCAUCUUUGCAGGUCUGCAGGUGUUGCUUGUCGGAAGGAAAUGUACCGGGCAAGCAGAAGCAUCCAGUUGGUAGAUGGGUUUGGGUUUUUGCGAGAGGAGUGCUUUGAUUUGAGGUUAAGUUAUAUCUAGUUUAGAAUAUCCUUCAAGUUAAGAGCUCUCUUUGAGUGGACAGAUUUACCUUCUAGAGCAUCUCGUUUUCCUGUUGAACUGGAGUUUCUAUUUUGUGAACUUUGAGUUGCUAGAGAGUCUAAUUUCCAUUAUGUACCCCCCUUUAAAAUAUACAGAUGCCGUUUGAAGUUGAGGGAUCUCUAUGUUGAUGGGGUGUCCCAGAUUCUUCGGGCUUUCAAUCCGCUAUUAUUAUUAUUAUUAUUA